UCUGGAGGUCCGGUCUGUUCAAUUGAUUUGGGGAUCUUUAUAAAUCUCACCGGCCAGCUAAAGGGUACAACUAGUUCUGAAACCUUUCACCAUGCUCACCUGGUUAUUUUGUCUGCUGCUCAUCGAAAAAUGCUUUGCAAUGCAUUGCCCUCAACGAUCACCUCUGUGUCGCCCUCGAGAAGAUCAUCACAUCGUUACGAUCGAUACUUUGUCGCCGGAUCCAAUCGAUCCAAUCCAGAAAGACUCAUGUAUUGGUGCCUCAACAAACACAGAAGCUUAUGACCCUGAAAGACCGGCAGUUCAUUUGGCUUACAGUUCCAAUCAUCGAGGGGACGAAAAUCCGUCAACGAGCAUUGCGAUUGACAAUCACCCAGCAGAGAUUGAAAAGAUGACCCGAAGCAAAAAUUCGAGGACUUCCAGCUUACAGGAUCCAAUAUCUCUGUCACCCAUUCCUAAUGUGGAGCUUAUCUCAAAUGAAUCCGAACAGAUAGCGAACCAAUGCGCCCGGAAAUCGACCAGUCGGGAUCGGAUAUCAAUCAGCCAGGACCGAAGAUCAAUCGAUUCGGAUUGGAAACCAUUCAAUCAGAACGGGAAAACGAUCAGUCAGAAAUUGAAGCGUGCACUCAUUGCCACAGAAGAUUUCAUUCUGAAUGCCUCCAAGCCUGGCUAA